AUGCGCGGGCGUCUAGGCAGCGGGCGCACGUCCGACAGGGACUCACACGAGGAGCGCGACAACUUGCUGGAGAUGCGUCCAACAGGAAGGAGCAGCAGCCAAAUGCUGCUCCCAGUCGCCGUGUCGCGACGCAAGGCGAAGGAUGAUUACGAGAACGUCGACGAUGACAAUGGUAAACAGGGCAGCGACCGACGGAGACGAAGCAACGUCGCUGAUUGGCUGAAAUGUCGACGGUUAAAACUCGCUGUGCUCCUUGCACGAUGGAAGUGUGUGCUGCUGCUACUGUUUGUGCUACUUCUGGCACUGCUGGUGAUUGGCGUGACGACGCUGGAGGCCGUGGGUCGCAUGAGGUUCCGUGGCUAUUUUGUUCCGCCUCGUAGUCUCAAUGGACGGCUGGGCUUUUACCACGAGAUGGACACAGACAUGCAGAAGCUCAAGGAGUUGACUGGACGACCAGAGGGGAAGCUGUUUCCAGCGUCUGUGUCGAACCCGAGGGAGGUUCAGGCAUGGGUUGGAGAGCGCAGGAAACGCACCAAUGGACGCAAAAUUCUCGUCGGCUGCACGUCAUUCUGGAAAGGGUAUGUGCUGCGGUCAUUUUUGUCGCUAUUUGAGGAGCUCAAGAGUGAGUACGGAUGGGAGGAUCUGGACACGUCGAUGGACCCGAUGAAGUCGAUCGUCAACAUGGAUCGGAAAAAAGCCCCGAGCGUCAUGAUCUUUUGCCUCAACUCGUUCUACCAGCCGAUGGCACUGCUGCAGAAUUACAGCGCGUACUUUCACGAGCUGCGCGCAUUGGGCACGAUCCUGGUCGUGUGGAAUGACGAUUUGCACUACUACGACCAGUUCAAUCCCAUUGUACUGCGAGACAGUAUUCUGACCAAGGUGGAUGUGCUCGUGGGCACGUACACGUACUUGAUGGACGACUACUUUGCCUCGGUCACCAACUUGGUGGAUGAGCGUGAUUUGCCGAUUACAGUCUGGUCGCCACACUCGUCCGGUCCAGACUUUGUGAAUGCCUCGUUUAACGAGUACCCUAUCAACAAGAUAAUUCUGUCUGGUAGACUUGGCUCAAACUGGUAUGCGCUACGCCACUGGAUCGGCAUGUACCAGCAAAACCACCAGGACAUUAUGGACUUGUACCCGCACUCGGGUUAUCACGUCAGCGACAAUCAAUCUGCUAUCUAUGCGUCCUAUUUGCGUUCGUACCGCACUGCCAUCACCACGACCCUGAUUUUCCAGUAUGUCAUUGCCAAGAUUUUUGAGAUUCCCUCAACAGGAGCACUACUGGCUGUAAACCGCGAUACCGCACCGCUGCUUGCUGCAUUGGGGAUGAAGGAAGGCGAGCAUUAUGUGGGUUUUGAUCGUCAGGACCCGGAGGCAAUCAUCUGGUGGGUGAGUGACCAGAGCAACUGGCCCGAGAUCGACCGGAUUCGUCGCGCCGGCAUGGAGUACGUUCGGGAGCAUCAUCUCGUGACCAACCGCGUGCAGGCGCUAAACCUGUUUAUGACGGAAGGCGUGAUCUCGUAUCCGACCCCACCAAUGGUGCACCUCACGAGUCCCUGUCCAUCGAAGGCACUUCCAGAUGAGUACGAGUGCCGGAAUCGAAUUGACCACGAGGCAAUGUACAAGUGCGAUCGCUGGUUUUGCGGCGUGCACUCGAUGCUGCAGCUGUGGGACUGA